GAGCAGAGGUCCUGUUCUCCAACUCUGUUGCUUGUCAUUUCUUGUUGCUGACUGCUUCACCAAGUUGUUCAAGUCCAUGUUUCUGGAUAGUAAGAUAGCUACCAUGUUCAAGGAGUUCCUGGACUUCACAGACACAGAAUCAAGCAAGAUGAUCAAGAAUUCAUCAACAAGAUGGCUCAGCUUAGAAAAGUGUGUUGAUCGUCUGUUGCAUCACUGGCUAGCCCUCCUUUCAUACUUCAACUCUCAUGAUGAUGUGGAAAAGCCUGGGCAUGUGAAGAUAUGUGCUGCCUUCCUAAGGGACCAUGAGAUGAGGCUCUACUACCACUUCCUGAGUUUCAUCAUGCAACCCCUCAAUGACUUCAACACAGUGUUUCAGGCAGAUGAGUCGAGAAUCGGUUACCUUCAGGACGAAAUGAAUAUGCUGUUAAGGAAUUUCUUGGGGAAGUUUGUGCGAGCCAAGGUAAUCCAAACCAGCAAAGACUUCAUUUCAAUUCCAUUCAAAGACAGCAAGAACCAGCUUAAUGAUAACAUAAUUGCUAUUGGUUCAACGGCAAGGGCCUACCUCAUCGACAAUAAAGAAGAUGUCCCACCAUCUACCCCCCAGAGAUUUUUUAUAUUUGCAGGUCUGUGAGGAAGUUUUACGAGUGUGUGACAGCCUAGAUGUUAACCAAGUUUCCCUUUGGAGAUCCUGUUGUGUGUGGUCUGUCAAUGCUAAAUCCAAACAACAGAGGAGACCUUCCCCCAGCAGCCAUCACUGACAUUGCUAGAUGAUUUCCUAAUCUGUUAUCAGAAGAGGACAUGUUUGAGCUGGAGGAAGAAUUUUUAGAUUACCAGACAACCCCAGCAAAUGACUUUCGUAAAUGUGAAGGUGUUCGCACUGAUGAGUUCUGGGAUCCAUUCUUGAAAUGAAAAACAAAAUCACUCUCAAACCAAGGUUUCCCCUGAUGAAGAAAUUAGUUUCAGCUGUGCUAACAAUUCCCAAUUCAAAUGCAGAUUGUGAAAGAGUUUUUUCUGUGUUAAAGAAGAUUCACACAGAAAUGAGAAGUAACUUGGAGAAUUCAACUGUAAGUGCCUUAUUGUCCACUAAACUAAAUCAGACAGUGAAAUGUCACAACUUUAAGCCAACCAAGGAUCAGAUAAAGUCUGCAAAGCAAGCCUGUGUUAGCUAUAGCAAUAGUUUUUGCUCCAAGUGACUAUGUGAGUCAGUUAAAAAGUCAAUAUGAUGUGUUGUCUGGUGCAUGUACUGUGACUGUAUAAAAACCACAUAAAACCCCCUUGUUUUGUUCUUUUGUAAAACUUUAUACUUUUUUGUACCACACCAUUGAUUGAUUGUAUUGAAAUAUGAAGAUGAAGUUAUCAUAUCUUAUUCUUGUUUUCAUUGGAAAAAGUAGAGAGAGAUUUGUAGAUAGGUUGAACAUACACAUAUUUUAAAAGAACACAAGAAUUCUGCAUAACGAUAACACGAGAAAAUGCCGUGAAUUUUGAGCUUUGAAAAAAGGUCGUGCGUAAAAUCCCUCAUGGAGAUUUUCGAAAGUUGGCAUGUAUGUUUUUGGUAUGGUCACAUUGCUCUGAAAUUUAGUCACAACCUCCCUUUCAGAGAAAUACAUAAUCAGUUCACAUUUCAAACAUUUCAACUCAAUUGGUGCACCAUGACCUACUUUAGUAUCAAAUGGUUUCCUGGACUUUUUUUCAUCAUAAAUAGAUAUUGUAUCAACAGUUUGUCACAACCUCACUCUCAGUGAAAAUUCAAUACAUAAUCAGUUCACAUGGCAGAUGGAUUGGUGCACCAUGACCC